GAUUUUUCAAUCAUUGAAUAACUUGACAAAUAACUAACUAGCGAAUAAAAAUAUCUGACUGUUUAUCGGACGAAUAACAUUAGUUGUAUUUUUCAAUGGUCAGGUAACGGUCCGGCAGCUAUCUGGGAUUUAAGUUGCUAAGUUCACUUCAAUCCUCUGCGAAGCGAGAAGCACUUAUACGUUGUUACGUGUGUUAGAAGAAGACAGAAAUGACUUGACAUUUGUUUAUUUGACGAUCUGUGAUUUGAUUGACGUUCGUCAUUCGUGGUAUUUUCUUUCGUGAUUUUGUUUGUUGUUGGGUUUUCAAAUUUUAUUAUUGACUCUUUAUUGCAAUAUUCGCAAUGGAAUCAAAAAAGAGAGAACGUGCAGCAAAUUUUAAUAAUGCUGAAGUGCAGUUGCUUGUAAGUUUAGUAGACAAACACAAACAAGUUAUUGAGAACAAGAAGACUGAUGCAGUGACUAACAAAGACAAAGAUGCGGUAUGGAAAAAAAUUGAAACUUCCUUCAAUUCGUGUGGUAUAUCAACGAGUAUCCGCACAUGGAAAACAUUAAAAUUAAAAUAUGAAGGUAUAAAAAAAGUUACCAAGAAAAAGUCUUCACUACAACGGCAGGAAAUGUACCGAACUGGAGGAGGACCAUCAAAUGCUCCCGAUUUCAACGACGUUGAGGAAAAGGUGCUUAGUAUUUGCACCAAUAUCACAGGGUUGGAAGCACGUCACGACAGUGAUACUAUUAUGAUACCUAUAACCUAUGAUGAAAGUGUGGACGCAACGGAGAUGAACUGUGAAAAUCAAAAUGAUGUAGAGAAUGUUAACAAAAUACCAGAUAUGGACCAGUCAUUGACCCCGAAAAGAAAUGUAGAGGGCAAUGAAUUUAUAAACGAUAUAAUGGACCACUCAGUUAUCCUAGAAAUAAAUAAAGAAGAAGACAAUGAAUCUCAAAAAGAAAACAAAUGGGUAAAUUGGCAUCCAAAGGAUCUCAAAACAAAGAUGUCAAAUGUUAUAAAAAUAGACAAAGUCUCCAAAGCGAGUGUAACUGGCAGACUGGAUAAGUUAAGUGCAGCCCGGUUGGAACUCGUACAGCUGCAAAUCGAAACAACAAGGCAGCAACAUCAGUUCACAGAAGAUGAACAUAGACUGAAAAUGUUGCAUCUUGCUAAUGAUGAGGCAAGAAAGCAAAAAAUUCAUGAAUUGCUUGUACUACAAUUAAAAAAUAACAGUAGCGGACCCGUUUUAAAUGACAUGGUAUAGGUAUACCCAUGCUUACCUGGACAGUCAUUAUAAUAUUGCAUAUUUCU